AUGAGCUCCCAAGGAAAUACCGCUAACUCUAUCGAAGCACCACAACUACCUAUUCCUGGUCAAGUCAAUGGUUCCGCAAAUGUCGAUCUUGGUGGGUCUGGCUUGAACACCAGCGUCCCUGGUAGCCUUCAAGGCCAGAAAGCUGGCAUGGAUCUUUAUUUUGACCAGGCUAUGGACUACAUGGGAGAACACCCUGUUUUAACAGGUUUCGGGGCCUUUUUAACCCUAUACUUCACAGCCGGUGCAUACAAAUCGAUAUCGAAACGGUUAAACGGUGGGAAGUCUGCUACUUCUUUCUUAAAAGGCGGGUUCGAUCCAAAAAUGAAUUCUAAAGAGGCUUUACAGAUUCUAAAUCUAACAGAAAACACAUUGUCUAAGAAAAAAUUGAAAGAAGUCCAUAGGAAAAUCAUGUUAGCCAACCAUCCAGAUAAGGGUGGUUCGCCAUUUGUGGCUACCAAGAUAAACGAAGCCAAAGAUUUUUUAGAGAAAAGGGGUAUAAGUAAAGAAAAAUGA